GAUCUCCAUUUUCAAUCAAUGAAUUUUUUCCAAUUUGAGCCUCCAAAUACAUACUAAACAUUUCCAAUUAAAUGAAGGUAUUCAUUUUAUUUAAUCUGAAAUUAUUAGAUUAGUAUUUAAAAAUAAAAAUAAAAAAAAGGAAAGAGAAGGGGUUAUAAAGGUAAUUAAAAUGAGUAGGGAAGGUGAGGUGCGGAAAUUGGAGAGGUUGGUUCACGAGCGGAAGCUAAACCCAACUUGGUUUGGUUAGAUAUGGGCUUUGAGUUUGAAAAGAAGUCGUGUAUUAUUAUUACAACAACAACAACAACAACAAACAACUACUACUCUAGUGUUCUUUUCUCAUAAAGGUCUGCUGGCGGCUUACUAGUUGAUGAAUAUUGCUUCAGAAACAAUGGGGAGCACAUUCAAUACGCAAAUUUUGGUGGAUAAGCUGGAAAUGCUCAAUAGUUCACAGCAAAGCAUUGAAACUUUAUCACAUUGGUGUAUUUUUCACAUGACCAAAGCAAAACAAGUUGUGGAAACUUGGGCCCAGCAAUUCCAUUGCUCACCACGUGAACAGAGAUUGUCAUUUCUUUACCUUGCAAAUGACAUCCUUCAGAAUAGUCGGAGAAAGGGUGCAGAAUUUGUUGCUGAAUUUUGGAAGGUUCUUCCAGAUGCUCUUCGUGAUGUUAUUGAAAAUGGAAAUGAGUUUGGAAGAAACGCUGCUUUGCGGUUGAUCAGUAUCUGGGACGAGAGAAAAGUCUUUGGUUCUCGAGGGCAGAUUCUGAAGGAAGAGUUUGCUGGAAAGCAUGUUGGGAAUGGAAAGCAUAGUGGAGGCAAAGUGAGAAACUCAGCUGGAGAUGCCCUUGACAAAAUAGUUUCAAGCUAUCAGAUAUUGUAUGGUGGUCAAAUUGAUGAAGAUGCGAUAUUGAGCAGAGCUAAAAAUGCUAUUAGCUGUGUUGAAAAAAUAGAUAAGGAGAUUGGGAGUGAUUUAAAUCCAGGCCAUCUUAAUGGAUCUGGUAUGGUGGAUGAGCUCAAGGGGCAGCACACAAUAUUGAAGGACUGUGUUGAGCAGCUAACAACUGUUGAGUCAUCCAGGGCAAACCUCAUCUCUCAUCUCAGAGAGGUCCUCCAGGAGCAGGAAUAUAAGUUGGAUCAAGUACGCAAUCAUCUUCAGGCUGCUCAGUCCCACGCAGAUCAGGUUGGGAGUAUAUGCGGACAGUUGCUGAAUUUUGAUGGCAAUGGGCAAAUCUUGGCUGAGCAGAAUAUAAAGGAAGCUAACACCUCCCAAGCUCCACACUCGUUCAUAUCUGGAAAUCGCGAACAAUCUGCUCCAGUGAUGUACACUCGACAGGUAUCUUAUGAAAAAUCUGGCAACCUUGAGGAAGAUAUGAAGUCUGCGGCUGCUGCAGUGGCAGCAAAGCUGACUGCAUCAACAUCUUCAGCCCAGAUGCUGUCUUAUGUCCUCUCAUCCUUGGCAUCGGAGGGUGUCAUAGGCAACUCAACUAAAGAAUCUUUGCAUGAUAAUCAACCGGAGAAAAGGAUGAAGCUUGAAAAUGAUGGCUCUUGUUAUGCUCCCUCUCAGAAUCCUCAAGAAGCGGUUACAUUUUUCUCUCAGCCAAACUCAGUACAACACAAUCUUGCAAGCACUGGGCGGGAAUCAACUCCAACUGAACCGCCUCCUCUACCAUCAUCGCCUCCACCAUUGGCACCGUUGCCUCCUAUGCAGCCAUAUCCAGUAGGUCAGAUCAUUCAGACAUCUGGGCAGUUGCCUAGUUCAGCAUUUGUUUACGCAACAAGCCAGCAAGUGCAACCAGCUUCAACAUUGGGUGGUUUUGUCCCUCCAGUGAAUGGGAUUUCUCCUUUCACAUAUCCGGCGACAAUUGGUUAUCAAGGUUAUUCAAGUGAUAGUAGUUUAUAUAGCCACCAGUCUUCAUCCCUGCCGAUGGCACCAGUUAGCCGUCCGUAGGUUGUUAUUUUAGAGCUAUACUUAGCUUGUGUUGGUUAACUGGUCUGAUGUACAAGAAAGAUUAGGCUGUAACUAUGUAACUUUAUAUUGUGUUUUUGUUUCUAGAUUGGAGGUUGUUGUUGGUGUUAUUGCAUUAGAAAGAAGUCGGUGUGGAAAUAUUAGUAAUGUUCAAUUGCUAAUUAAUUCUCCAGUUUAUAAAGGGAGAUUCAAUGAAUGUUGAUUUUGGGUUUU